AUGUCUUCUCAAUCUGCUUCUGCUGCGGCUGCCAACCAGGCUCUCAUCGCUCUUGUCGCCCGGCUCGAUGACAUGGUUCAAGAUGUUCUCCGGUCGCAGUCUCAGGAUGAGAAAAUGGAGUUGAGCCACGAGAUUGCUCGUGAAGUGAAUGUCGCAAUUCGUUCAUAUGGGAGGGACGCUUCAUAUGUUCCCCCUGGCCUGCUGUCACUUGCAGCUGAGAUCUUUCGCGCUCAGAGGCGCACCUCACAAUUGGUGGUAGUACCGGAUUGGAACCAUCUUGGUAACAAUCAGGAUAUGUGCAUGAAGCAUCCAUUGUACAGUAAGACAUUGGGUCAUGCACCGCCUGCUUCACCUGCAGCUACUGCUCCUGCAUCUGCACCUGCACCUGCACCGGUACCUACUCCUGCACCGGUACCUGCCCCACCACUGGUACCUGCCCCACCACCGGUACCUGCCCCACCACCGGUACCUGUUCCAGUACCGGCACCGGCCUCUGCACCGACACCGGCACCACGCAUCAGCAUUCGCAUACCUAAAGAUGUGCCACCCGGCAAAGGCAAAGGGAAGGGGAAGGGGAAGGAGAAGGGGAAAGGGAAGGCAAAGGCACCGGAAGAUCAUGGCGAUGAGGAUGGCGAGGGGAUCGAUGUGGAUGAUCUUCUGGACGUUGAGCCCCGGAAAUCAACUCGUCAGGCUGUCAUCGUUGUCAAAAAGAAGGGCAGUGCGUCGAAGGCAAGUCAGCGGGUUGUGAUUCAGGACGAUGAAGAGGAUGAAUUGGAGGAUGAGGAUGAUGAUACACAAGGCAGGCCAAAGGCAAGUUCAUUAUUUUACUUCACAUUUACCGGUCUAUCACUCAUCACGAUGCAGGCCACUGUCAGACCAGGGAAACGGCAAAAACUGUCCAUGCAGCCCAAGGGCAAGGCCACCAGCAAGGGCAAAGUGCCAGAACCACCCCGCAUUGAUGAACCCCAUCCGCCUUGUGAUAGAUGUCUGGCCAAGAAUGUCGAGUGUUUCCCCCGAUUGACGAAGAAAGGCGAGAUCGCCUCGACUUGCUCAUUGUGCUAUCUGUGGAAGAUGGCAUGCAUCCGGACUAACACAGAGAGCGCACCCACCACCUCUGCCAACACCAUUACCCCCAUCACCGUCACUGCACCACCUGCAGUCGCAGUAGCCACUCGCUCCAAGACCAUCCGGUCCAAAGCCACCGGAGAGAAGAUGAGUGGGAAAUCCAAGGCGAAAGGCAAGUCUUUUGUUUCCGGCAAGGAUAUCCGGCACCCAAGUCCUAUCGAAGAGGAGGACAACGUCGAUGAUGUCCAGAUGGUUGCUGCCGGCGGUUCUGCACAACAACCGGCCCCUUUGGCAUCCGCACACGAUUUCCCUCCUGAUCAUUGGGUGGAGCCCGGCAAUGAUGAGAUGCCACCUUCAUCACCGGCCAUGGCCUCGGAGGACAAUAUCCGGUUCUCGCCGUUACCGGUCGUUUUCAACCAUCCCUCUCCUGUCUCUCCUUCCAGACCUGGUCAUUCCGCCCAAUACCCUCUCUCUCAUGAUGAGAUGGAGGCCAUGUUGGCCCAAAUUCGCAUCGAGAUGGAGGAACUGCGCACACACGAUCGAAUGGAAAUUGACGUCCGGCAUGAUCACUUGGAGAAUCGCAUGGACAUCGCCGAGGCAUCUGAUAGCGCCAUGUCCAUGCAGAUUGAUGACAUAGGGCGGGAUAUGCGUGUGCAGAAGGGACUCCUUGCUGAGUGCACGGCUGAAGUAAGAGGUAUUGUCAGGUAUCUGAGGGAGCAAAGAUCUACUCAGGUCACAGCAUCAACUCCACCGGCAUUUAAUCCACCCCCCAUGACAGCCCAUGACCCAUCUAUCAGUGCAUUUGCUCGCACUGUGACCAACAAUGUGUUCACUCCGGAUGUCUCUUGGAUGGGUGCCCAGACCGGUGGUGAUAUGUUGGGUGAUACUGCAGAUGGAUCACCGGUCGCAAGGCACAACCGGGUGCCAUCCAAUUCCACCAUCAUCCCUUCACUGACCAUGAGGGAAUCCGGCCCAUCUGUUCCUCCGGUUGGUGCACCACCUGUGCAAUCUCCUAUUCUCCCGGUCGCUGGGCCAUCAAAUGUGCCGGCUGAUGCCCAGUCCGUCUCAGCUCCUUUGCCACGCCCGCGCUUUGGACCUCUAUCGCACCAAGCGGACAUCCGGCUCAUCUGUAUUAUCCAUCUCGCCUUCACCUCUUGCACACCGGAGGUCCGGCACAUCUGUAUCAUCCAUUUCACCUUCACCUCAAUCGGACAGCCGACGUCCGGCUCAUCUGUAUCAUACAUUUCACCUUCACCUCUCGCACACCGGAAGUCCGGCUCAUCUGUAUCAUCCAUCUCACCUUCACCUCUCGCACACCGGAAGUCCGGCUCAUCUGUAUCAUCCAUCUCGCCUUCACCUCUCGCACACCGGAAGUCCGGCUCAUCUGUAUCAUCCAUCUCACCUUCACCUCUGUCCCACAACACUCUUCCGGCUCAUCUGUAUCAUCCAUCUCACCUUCACCUCUGUCCCACAACACUCUUCCAGCUCAUCUGUAUCAUCCAUACCGGCAAAUAUUUCCAUUAUCCACCGGGUGGAAUAUCAUGA